CCACCCUCCUCCAGCCCCACCGCCCCACCAUGGCCGCCUCCACCCUGUCCGUCUGUUCCAGCGACCUCAGCUAUGGCAGCCGGGUCUGCCAGCCAGGUUCCUGGGACUCCUGCCCUGACUCCUGGCAGGUGGACGACGGCCCAGAGAGCUGCUGCGAGCCCCCCUGCUGCGCCCCCAGCUGCUGCGUCCCGGCCCCCUGCCUGACGCUCGUCUGCACCCCUGCCAGCUGUGUGUGCAGCCCCUGCCAGGCAGCCUGCACCAGCUCCUGCACGCCCUCGUGCUGCCAGCAGUCUAGCUGCCAGCCCUCCUGCUGUGCCUCCUCCCCCUGCCAGCAGGCCUGCUGCGUGCCCGUCUGUUGCACCCCUGUCUGCUGCACCCCUGUGUGCUGUGUGCCCGUCUGCUCUGGGGCCUCCCCCUGUUCAGACCCCUCGUGCUGCCAGCAGUCUAGCUGCCAGCCCUCCUGCUGCACCUCCUCCCCCUGCCAACAGGACUGCUGCGAGCCCAUCUCCUGCACACCCGUCUGCUGCAAGCCCGUGUGCUGUGUGCCUGUCUGCUCUGGGGCCUCCCCCUGCCCAGGUCCCUCAUGCUGUCAGCCCAGCCCCUGCUCCCCGUCCUGCUGCAGACCCUCCUCCUGCGUGUCCCUCAUCUGCCGCCCCGUGUGCAGGCCCACCUGCUGCGUGCCCGUCCCCUCCUGCUGCAGCCCCACCUCCUGCCAGCCCAGCUGCUGCCGCCCAGCCUCCAGCGUGUCCCUGCUCUGCCGGCCUGUGUGCAAACCCUCUUCCUGAGUGUCCCUGCUCUGCCGCCCCACGUGCUCCCACGUGGCCCGCUGCGGCCCCGCCUCGGCCCAGAAUUCCUGCUGCUGAGCAGCUCCGGCUCCUGCCUCUCAAGCUGCUGUCUCUGCUCCUGAGCACAGGUCCCUCCCAAGAGCCCGACCCUCAGAUGCCAAGAUCUCUCUCUCUCUGUUGGGGAUUUGCACACCCCACCGCCGUCCCAUUCUGAGAAGAGAUGACCCGCAGAUCCCUCAAGGCAGGGACCUGGGGGACCCGGGAGCCUCCUGUGCGGAUUGGUUGCCGGCAUUCGGUGUGACAAACGUCCAUGGCUAUAAUCAAUACAACGUCUGUGUCAGGAAA